AUGGACGAACGUCCGGCGAAGCGCACGAAGCGCACGACCAGUGCCGCCAUGUGGGACGAAGACGAGAAGACGGACUCGCGGCCUGGUUCGAGCGGACGAGACCACAAGCCCAAGCCGCGCGACAUCCGGGACGAGGACCGCCGUGGACCUCGACGAGACGACGAGCGCAGAAGAAGGUCGAGAUCGCGAGACACACCCGACGGACGGAGGGAGCGGAGCAGGUCCAAGGAGAGGCCGGCGCACCGCGACCGGAAUAGGGACAAAGAGCGAGAUCGUGAUCGAGACAGAGGUGGAGGUGGACGGGGCCGGGACGUCAAUGGUCACGGUCGGCGCGAGAGGAGCAAGAGCCGUGACAGGAAACGAGACUCGAAAGAUCACAGAGCCGAACGCUCAUACCGACGCUCGAGAUCACGCUCACCGGCCAGGACCGGCGGUCGUGACGGCGUGCGCACACGCUCUCCUCUUCGACGAAGCGACCACGAUCGGACCCGGCCUCGAGACCGGAACAAGCCCGACGAUGAAGAGCCACGGGCACCAAAGCCCAAGGAUGAACAGCGAGCCGCCCAAACCGAAAAGCCUCUGACUAACGGUGACGCCAUGGCUGUUGACGAAGACGACGAAGACGCUCUCCUGAGGAAGAUGAUGGGGUUUACCACGUUCAAGUCGACGCAGAACACGAAGGUGCCUGGUAACCAGAUCUACGGCACCUUUGAGCCCAUCGAGGUCAUAGACUCGCGGAUCGAUGGAUUCCAGGGCGAUCUGCGAGGACUGGCUUCUUGCGUGUAUUAUCAGAUCACGGGGCAGAUGCGACUUGGGGAGGAAGAUCUUCCAGAACUCGACCGGACUGCAACAGACUCAAUGAGUGCUAUCAUCUUCCUAUUCAUGCUUCAUUAUUUGGCCUCUGUGACCGUGUCCACCAUCGCUUAUCAGCUGGCGGGCAAGUGCUCCGCAACCUCUGAUGCUGCCCUGCUACAGACCCAUGAAGAGCACAGCCACAACAAACCACGCAUAGAGAACCUGCAUGCUCGCCAGGAGGUCUUCCAUCUGCUCAAGCACAAGCAAUAG